UCCAAAACAAGUCAAGUGGCAGAAAGGUAACAAGCGAAGUAAAUAUUGAAAGAUGUCUGGACGUGGUAAAGGAGGCAAAGGUCUUGGAAAAGGAGGCGCUAAACGUCAUCGUAAAAUCUUGCGAGACAACAUCCAGGGAAUCACGAAGCCUGCCAUUCGUCGUCUCGCUCGUCGUGGUGGAGUCAAACGUAUCUCUGGUUUGAUCUACGAAGAAACUCGCGGUGUCCUCAAAGUUUUCCUUGAGAAUGUGAUCCGUGAUGCUGUCACAUACACCGAGCAUGCCAAAAGAAAGACUGUCACCGCCAUGGAUGUUGUGUACGCGCUCAAACGUCAAGGACGAACCCUCUACGGCUUCGGCGGUUAAACGACUGCAUCUUAAGACAUAACUAAACCAAACGGCUCUUUUCAGAGCCAACAAAUUUCGUAAAAGAAUAUAGCGUUAAAAUGCGAUAAACAGCCCUAACUGAAACUGCUUGAACAGGGUGAACUGAACUGUUUUACUUCUUACUGUAUGGUGUCUAAAGGAACCCAGCUGAGAAAUAUUUUGGAUAGCAGAAUGCCA